AAGUUCUCUUCUUGAAUCAACCAGUGACUUAUUUUCACUUGUAUUUCCCCUGUUAGGCGAAAAUGGUGUAGCAUCUUUGGUGAAUCCAUCAGGUGGUCACGAGAUACUCUUUGUGCCUUCAUUGGGAAACAUGGAAAUGGAAAGAGGGAGUCUACCAAAGGGUGGUGCUGUUUUCACUGAGGACAGGCCUGUGUUUGUUAAUAGCACUAGUUCCUUCCCAUUGAAAAGCAGCUUUGUUCAAGAACAUGGAGCUUCUAUCACUUCCUAUGGACAAACAGACAUGGGAUCUUCUGCACCUGCCUGGACAGGGUCAUUGUUCAGUUCUACUCCUAUGAAUCAGUAUGCUUCUAAAUUGGGGAACUGUGAAAACAUGAAUGAUAAAAAUGGAUCUGGAUCACUACCGAUGGUGCAAGCUAUAUCUGUUUCAUCCGUUCAAGAUGCAGAAGGCGACAGGACUAGCAACAACAAGAAAGUUUAUUCACAUGAUUGGGAACCUUCUGAACCUUUUCGAGCAUCUUUCACAAUUCCACCUUAUAUACUUCCCUCCUCUGAUGCCCUCUACGAUCCUUUCACGGAUAUAGAGAAUCCACAAGACAGAUCUCUUACUGCUCCAUUGUCAAGUAAAGGGAGAUAUGCACAGAAAAAGUCCAGCCAGCAGAAAGAUGAUGAAUCUGCUAGUGAUAAUAAAAACAGUUCAUGUAGCAAUAAUCAGUAUCAAGAAUCUAUGGCGACGAAGAAUUUGGAAGCACAUGGAGUGGUGGAGGGGGUGGCUACUUCGGUUGUUGAUCAAAAUGAUGAAACAACACCAAGCAAAGAAGUUUCUGCAGAGAAUAGAUCUGUUUUAAAAAGAAGCAAACCUGCGGGGCACGGAUCUUGGCGUAGAAGUGACGGCUCUUCGCAUCAAAAGGUGUUGAAAUCAGAUGAGAGAGAUGGUGAAGCGAGGUCAGACGCAGGGACCAAAGCAAUGAGACAGUUCCGGACCGCAGUUGUGGAAACCAUCAAAGAAAUGGUGAAACCGUUGUGGCGCGAAGGCCGUCUUACCAAAGAAGUGCAUAACAUGGUAGUUAAAAGAGCUUCUGAAAAGAUAGUCAGUGCUGCUGUCCAGUCCCAUCAGGUGCCGACUGACUCAGCAUUCGUUGAUCAGUAUCUUAGUAUGUCUGCAACGAAGAUUGUGAAGCUUGUUGAGGGUUAUGUCGAAAAGUAUGGUAAACCUAAACCAUAAGGUACAUCAUCAAAACAAACGCCACUUUACAUGGGUGGCAUGAGGGCAAGCUAAUGAUAUUCUUGUAAAUUAUGUCAUCAUUCAUUUUCUCAGUUAGGACUUUAGCACCUAAUUUUUUGAAUCUCCGUUCUUAUCCUUCACCAAUAAUGGAAGAAAGUUGGAAGUGGAGAUGUGUAUACAUUGUAGAACUUAUCAAAGCUUGGUUAAUGCUUAGAAACAGCGUAUCAACUUAGAAAGAUAAUGGAUUAUUUUGCAUUGAUUAUAACGUCAUAGAGAUGUGCUUAUAUUAUAUAGCUAUAUAUAUUAAUCUAGUUGGUGUUUGCUGUAGAAGCAGAUGAAUGGGGAAAGAUAGAGAAACAGAAUGAUGUUGGGGUACGUUGUUGAUCAUCUUGACUGUUUCUUUGUUUGUGAUUAGCUUUGUGACUGUUUGUAUAGCAUGUUCAUUCAAUAAUCUCUCAUCCAUUAUCGCUUCUAUAAUACGUCUCAUUUGCUGUUGCCUGUUCCUAUAAUACUUUUCCACAAAAGACUAGAUACUUUGAUUCCAGGGUCCUACUUCAUGACUCAUUCUUUCUUAUCCAUAUCUCCUCUAUCCACAUGUCGCAUUUUUAUGUAUUUCCACACUCCUUCCUCACUGUUCACUCCAGUUAUUUACAACAAUGGUGUUUUAAGUUAAGGUAGUAUACGUUUUAUUGACUAUACAAUUUAAAAUAGGAUACGAGACCCUAAUUUCCAAGGAUAGUGUGUGUUUGAUUCUAGAUUUGACGCACUGGAAGUUACAAUUUCCAAAUCUCCAGAGACGUAUAUGCUACUAAAAAGGCUACUUCGCUAAGGAAAAAUGGGUUAAAGGCACUGAAGUAGUAAGAAAAAUAUUAUUUGGGUUAAUUAGUUAGAUAAGGAAAUGAAUGAGAAUUAAUUGAUAAAACAAAAAAGCUGAAAGAAAUUGUACAAAAAUUAGGAAAUGGAAAAUAAGAUUUGAGAAAUUGCAAAGCCACUGCCAUAUGUGGUAUAUAAAAAUAUAAUAUGGUCAGUUACAAAAAGAUAAAAUAAAUAAUAUGUUACUAGUAUUUAGGCUAACGUUAUUUUGUUAGACAAAAUGGUCAUAGAUAUAUAAAUUCUACUUUAUGCAAAUACAAAAAAAAAUCCUUUGAUCUUUUUUCAAAGAAUUGCCAAUUAUUAUUUAUUUCUCUAGAUAUUUUAUGGGUGAAAGUUAAGAUAUUUCUCUAUAAAUGAGAUGCAGAAGCCUCACUAAGCACAUCACACCCUUCACUACUAAUAAACAAAAGAAAAAGAAAAACAAGAUGUGGGAUGAAACUGUAGCUGGACCUAAGCCGGAGCAUGGCCUUGGCCGCCUCCGCAACAAGAUCAACGCCCAACCCAUUGACAUCAAAGGUGUAGGAGAAGGGAGCAGCAGCAAGGCUAUGCCUGCGGUGGCCGGGAGUCCUGGAACUCCAACGACGCCAGGAUCUGCACGUAAAGAGAACGUGUGGAGGAGUGUGUUUCAUCCAGGAAGUAACAUCGCCACCAGAGGAAUGGGUACUAACCUCUUCGACAAGCCCUCUCACCCAAACGCUCCCACCGUCUACGACUGGUUGUACAGCGACGAUACUAGGAGCCAGCACCGUUGAGCCGAGAUCGAGAGGAAGGAGUGACAUGCCGGUGAUGUAGUAUAUCAUGUUUCCAUUAGCCACGUGUUUAUUUUCAGUUUAUGGCAGUGUUCGCAAGCUAUUUUUCUUUGUUUGUUGUUGCUAGUGACCGUUUGAUUUCCACCAUCUGGGUUGUUUUUUAACGGUGGUAAUGCGUCCUCUCGUCUCGUGUUAUGUUUCUACUGUUUGGUAAUGGAUAUAUUUAACUUUUA